AUGUCUGGAAUAUACAACCAUCGUCCUAUGGUUCCUGGACGUAGCACCGGGGUGCCAGAGUGGCUUGAUAUGAUCAAGCAGGAGUUUGAGAAUCUCAACCAUGAAGUCAUAGUUGCCAAGGUACAAAGGGAUGACUAUGAGCAGAAGAAAAAGCAGAGACAUUUUAAUCAACCUGCAUUCUUGCUGUCGAUCUUGCUAGUUAACAGUCAAAUCCAGGAGAUGGAUGCCUUUCGACGAACGCUUUAUGAGCUAGAAAGAAAACAUGAAGCGAUGAAAGCUCAAUAUCACAUGUGGGAAGAAGAAGUUGUUAGAUUACGACGUGAGGUCGAGCAACGUGGUGGCACUGUUCAGCCCCCACAUCCCCAUCCGCAUAAUCAACCACCACCACCUACUAUUGGGCAAGGCCAAUCGAAUCUUUUCGGGGGAAUCAUUAAUGGUGGUCCUGGCGGUCCUGGCCUAGUUGCCCCUCCUCAGAUGGCCGAGCCAUCGCAACAACAGCAACAUCCACAGCACCAUCCCAGCCAACAACCUCCUUCAUCUCAACAGCAACAUAUGCAACAAGUUCCUCAACAGCAGCAACAUCAUCAGCAACAUAUCCAGCAACAUUCAUAUGGUGGACCUGGUGGGCCUGGAAUGUCACAAGGAGGUCCUGCACCUCAUUCUCCUUACAUGAAUGGGAAUAGCGGAUUGCCACCACAGUCUGGCCAAGCACCAUCUAAACGAUUUAAAACAGAGAGCGACGGACCACGCUUCAAAACAGAGAGCGAUGUUCCUUCGCCUGGUGCCCCUGGUAGCAUGUAUGGCAACAUGUCCCCUGGCCCUCAUGCAAACCCAAAUAGCCAAAUCCCCCCUGGGAUUGGGUCUUAUAAUACACCUGCCCCUCUUGGCUCAAAACAAUCUUCUAAGCCUGGAAAGAGCGGGCCUUAUACAUCAACCAAAGAGGAGCCACAGUCGUCGCCAGCAUCCAACAAGCGUAAGACAGGCGCUUCCUCUACUCCCACUACUGUAGCACGAACUGGGAGAGCUUCAGGAUCAUCGAAUUGGAGCGAUGAUCCUGAUAAUGUACCGCCACAGUUGAAACGUGAAGGGCCUGAUUGGUUUGCAAUUUCGAAUCCUAAAGUGCCACAGCUGCUCAAAGUCGAUCUUCAUCAUACGAUGGAGCACUCAAGUGUCGUUUGCUGUGUUCGAUUCAGUGCGGAUGGGAAAUACCUUGCUACUGGCUGUAAUCGCAGUGCUCAAAUCUAUGACAUUGUCACUGGUCAGACUGUGUGCAUCUUAGCAGACGAUACCGUAGGUAACGAUGAUCUCUAUAUUCGAUCAGUCUGCUUCAGUCCUGAUGGCAAAUACCUUGCCACUGGCGCAGAAGAUAAACAGAUAAGAAUCUGGGAAAUUGGCCGUAAGAAGAUCCGCAUGGUCUUAAAAGGGCAUGAACAAGACAUUUAUUCUCUGGAUUUCUCUAGAGAUGGAAGGAUUAUCGUAUCUGGUUCUGGUGAUCAAACUGCUCGUGUUUGGGACAUGGAUACAGGGAAAUGCCUACAUAUUUUGACAAUGGGCGAUGUUGAUCUGAAGGAUGCAGGAGUGACCUCGGUGGCCAUUUCCCCAGAUGGUCGCCUUGUCGCCGCUGGCUCUCUGGAUAAGAUGGUCCGAGUCUGGGAUACACACACUGGACAGUUACUUGAUAAAUUAGAAGGUCACAAGGACUCUGUCUACAGCGUGGCGUUCGCGCCUGAUGGCAAGACCCUUGUUUCAGGAAGUUUAGACCGUACACUACGUUCGUGGGACCUUAACCUCAGUGGACGAGGCGGCCCCAAUGGAUCGCGUGGAAGCAUAUGCAAGGCAACAUUUAAUGGACAUAAGGAUUUCGUGCUCUCAGUUGCUGUAUCGCCUGACGGUAGAUGGGUUGUUUCUGGAUCCAAGGACCGGGGGGUUCAAUUCUGGGAUCCCAACACAACAGCUGUUCAGUUUAUGCUACAGGGCCACAAGAACUCUGUAAUCUCUGUUGCAUUAAGUCCAGCAGGAACUUACUUUGCAACAGGAUCAGGAGAUACCCGUGCUCGCAUAUGGAGCUAUGAAUCUACACAGGAUUAG